AUGCCCGACGACACAGAAGAUGCCAACAAUGCACUUCUUCGAGGUCUCGUGCUCUGCAGCACCUCGCUAUCGCAGGAUCAAAGAGACAAGCUCAAUGAUCUUGCAAGAAGCAUGGGUGCCGUCCACCGCCUCGACCUGACCGCCGACGUGACACAUUUGAUAGUCGGUAACAUCGACACGCCCAAAUGCAGACAUACCGCAAAAGAAAGACCAGACAUAUACGUUCUCAAGCCCGAGNAAUGGAUUCAUGCCAUACGAAAAGCCUACAUGGAAGAUCAAGACAUCGACGUCGAUGCAUUAGUCCAAGAACACCGCCUUCCUGUCUUUUACAACUUGCACAUAUCUGUCACAGGCUUCGAAGACAGUAUGCGUCCUGCCAAAUGCUCCCAUCCUUCGUCUUCUAACAUUAUGCGCANNGUUGAAGAGAGACAGAACAUCAUCGAAAAGAUCAGAAACAAUGGCGCCCAUUACCAUGGAGACCUUACCAGAGAAGUCACCCAUCUGAUUGUCGCCAAACCCAAGGGCGCAAAAUACGAACGUGCACAGUCUUGGAACAUCAAAACUAUUUCUCUAAAAUGGCUUGAAGAAAGUCUUGACAGAGGCAUGGCUGUCGAUGAGUCAUUAUAUCAUCCGUUGAUGUCCCUCGAGGAUCAGGGCCAAGACGCCUUCGUACGUGAUUACCAGCGGCCUCCUGUGCUUGGANAAAGACAGCGUGAAGAACCCACUGUCGCGCCAAAAGAAGAGGCUGGUAAGCGGAAGAUGCGACGCACUGCAAGUGCAAAACUGGCAGACCACAGUCAAAACAUGAUGACUAGUUUCUUGUCGCUUGGAGGUGAAGAGUCAUCCGAAGUCGCAAAUGACCAGUGGACAGACAACCAACAAAUUACGACGCCGCCACGAAGUGCCACUCCUCCCCAGCGGACUGUCAACAUAUCUCGACAUCCUUCUUGGGAAAUGGGACCUGCACCUCAUGAAGAAGAGCCAGGACUCUUUUCAGGCAUGUCAUGUCUUGUUCACGGUCAUGACGAGAAGAAGGUGAGUUGCGAUGCGUGCCUAUGGUUCAUGAGACUAACCUUGGCAAAUAGGNCAACCAAGAUCGAAGACAUCAUAAUUUCGAACGGAGGCCAGGUCACGCGUUCUGCUGACGCUCUGCGCGCAGCUCAGAGUAGUGCUUCAGAUCAAUGCAGAGUCCUCAUACUACCAAGUGAGUGGACGUCGACUAACAAGGGCUCAAUACCCGAGGUUCCUCCUGGAACAUGGCUUGCGACGGAGUGGUGGCUGGAAAGAUGUAUCAAGCACAAGGCAAUCGUUGAUCCCGAUGAUGAUAUACUCAGUCAACCGCACCUUAAUCUGCCAAUCGAUGGUCUCAAGAUAGCGACCUCUGGAAUGGGCCAUGAUGUGUUACACAUAUCAAAGGUGGUCAAGCUUGCAGGCGCAUCAUACGACGAAGUAUUGCUACCGAGGACAUCUAUCCUAGUAGUUCCUGAUAGCGCGACAAAUUCGGACAAGAUAUCGUACGCUGCGAAGUACAAGAUUCCUGUCGUCUCAGAUACGUGGCUUUACGCUAGUCUGCAACAUGUACGAAACAUGCCAUUGUCCGGUUAUGUGGUGGCUAGAGGGCCAAAGCAGAUGCUUGACCGUCAUCCUUCUCGGGAAGCGAACGUUGCCCCUCCACAGGACAAGAGGUAG